GGCGCGUGUCUGACGGGCCGUCUGAACCGGCUGCGAAGCAGGGCCGGAUGGAUGGAUCCCCGAGUUGCCUGGAUCCAGCCCGAGCAGAAAGGCCCCGCCAAUGCGCUCUGGAUGCAGAUCUGGGAGACCUCGCAAGGCCGGAGCGGCGGCGGCGGCGGUGGCGGCGGCUCUUCGGCGUCCUCGCCGUCUGCGCCUGCCUUCCCGCCGACGGCCGCCCCCCGCUAUUCCUUCUGUCGGUUUAGCUCGCCGUUGGCGGCGGCGCCUCCAUCCCCGCCCCGCUCGGAGGCCUCCGUUGUUACCGGCGGAGCUCCGUCGUCUCCUCAGCUGAUCUCCAAGCCGGCUUCCCUGCGCUUUCUUCCUGCUGCGCAGAGCGCGGAAAGGCGAGCGCCGCCGCCGCGGCUGCUGCUCCUCCAGAAGGCCCCGUCGGCGUCCCUCUCCUCCUUCUCUUCGUCCUACUCCUCGGCCGAGUCUGGUGCUGACAGCCCCGGCGGUGGGUCUUCCUCGUCGCUUUCCUGCGUCCGGCCCGGACUUGGGCCGCCUCCGGCCUCGGGCAAAAUUUUGGCAGGCACCGCUGAAGUGAAUUCAGGGAACCAAGAAGAGCUGGAGGAGGAGGAGGAGGAAGUAGGGCAGGCCCCGCGGGCCUCCGGCGUGGCCGUUACCACCCCGUCCUCUCCCCAUCCCCUUUACUACCACCAUCAUCAUCACCACCACCACCACCAGUACCACCCGGGGCGCAGGAAACGAGAGAACAAGGCCAGCACGUAUGGGAUGAACUAUCUGCUUUCCAGCGGCUGUGUCGGCACCGUCCACAGAGGGACCGGCCCGGCUGGCGAAAGCGACCCCUGCUCUCCUCCAGCCCAGGCCGGCUGCGCCCUCGCUCUAGGCACGCCUUGGAAAAAUAGGCAAUACAGCUCAGGUAUACAAGGGCUCCAUGAAGAAAUAAUUGACUUUUAUGACUUUAUGUCCCCAUGUCCUGAAGAAGCAGUUAUGAGACGAGAAGUUGUGAAAAGAAUAGAAACUGUCAUCAAAGAACUUUGGCCUACAGCUGAUGUUCAGAUAUUUGGAAGUUUUAGUACAGGACUUUAUCUGCCAACAAGUGAUAUUGAUUUAGUGGUUUUUGGAAAAUGGGACAGCCCACCUCUCCAGCAGCUAGAACAAGCCCUAAGGAAACACAAUGUGGCUGAGCCACAUUCGAUUAAAGUACUUGACAAAGCUACAGUACCAAUAAUUAAACUUACAGACCAGGCUACAGAGGUGAAAGUUGAUAUUAGUUUUAAUGUAGAAACUGGUGUGAAGGCAGCUCGUCUUAUCAAAGACUACAUGAAGAAAUACUCAUUGCUGCCUUACUUGAUUUUAGUAUUAAAGCAAUUCCUUCUUCAGAGGGAUUUGAAUGAGGUUUUUACUGGUGGAAUUAGCUCCUACAGCUUAAUUUUAAUGGCAAUUAGCUUCUUACAGUUGCACCCAAGAAUUGAUGCUCGAAGAUUUGAUGAAAAUCUAGGAAUGCUUCUAAUAGAAUUUUUUGAACUCUAUGGAAGGAAUUUUAAUUACUUAAAAACUGGCAUUAGAAUAAAAAAUGGGGGUGCCUAUAUUGCCAAAGAAGAAAUCAUGAAAACUAUGACUAAUGGAUAUCGACCAUCCAUGUUAUGCAUUGAAGAUCCCCUACUGCCUGGCAAUGAUGUCGGAAGAAGUUGUUAUGGUGCCAUGCAAGUAAAGCAGGUUUUUGACUAUGCCUACAUCGUUCUAAGCCAUGCAGUAUCACCACUUGCAAAAUCAUAUCCUAAUAGAGAUUCAGAAAGUACUUUAGGUAGAAUUAUUAAAGUGACAGAAGAAGUAAUUGACUACAGAGCAUGGAUUAAAAAAAAAUGGGGAAGCAAAGCUAACUUUUCAUCUGAACUUGAUGUUCAGCUGAAAGAGAGAGAAUCAAUAUCUUCAGAGAGUGCAACGCAGAAUAGAGAUGCCGAAUUGCUUUACAACCAACCAUUGACUUUAUCAUUUACUGAUAUGCAACAAUUAUCAUCAGGUUCAUCUGCCUCUUCAGUGUCAUCUCUUUCUGGAAGUGACGUCGAUUCUGAUACUCCACCUUGCACAACUCCUAAUAUAUACCACUUCAGCCUGCAAGCACCAUCUCCACUUACAGCUGGAAUGCAUCCAGCAUUAACUAUGCCAAGUGGUAAAAAUCAGUCUGUGCCUGCAAGAGCAUUGAUUAUGGCCACGAAUAAUCAGCAGCACAAUGGAGUGAAGUUUACUGUCAAAGGAGCUCAUAAUCAAGGCAGUGGAUACAAUUCUGCCAGUAAUGGAGCUGUAAGGCAGCCAGUUAGCAACAGAGGUCAUCACCAAUACAACCGUAAUAUUUGGAGGAGAAAGAAGUACAGGGACAGUUUGCCUGUUAGCCUUAGCAGAUAAUGGCCAACUUCAGAGUCCUCUUUAGACUAAUGCAGUGUGUGUGAUACUGCUCUGGGAGGAUUUGAGACCAGCACUGAGUACAUCUGUCUGUGGAUGUUGCCAAAUAUCUGCAUCCAAUGUUUGCAUGUUUCGUGUGCGGUGGUGGAGUCCAUCUUAAAAGAAAUAAUUGUGCUUAUCGUGAAGCCUUAUUAACUGUGGAAGUUUGUCUUCUGCCUAUCCAUGAUUAUUACAGUGCUGAAACAGCUCUGGUAAGAUUAUUGGGAGGACCAUAAAUGCUAUGGCACUUCGCUGUAGCUGCAUUUGUUCAUAAUUGUUUUGUUUUCUUGGAAGGAUAAUGGGUUGCUUGAAUGUUAUUUUCCAUUACAAAACUUUAUUUGUGGCAUUGUUACCACCUUCCCAUUCCUUCUAAAAAUGGUUUUGUUGCCUUACUCACAUCAAACAUAACGUGCAAUAACUUGGAAUGUUUUAAUCAUGAAAAUAUUUAUGAAACUGAGGGUGUGCACAUAUGCACACACAUCUGUUUAUGUCUGUGUGUGUGAGAGAGAGAAAAUUUUUCUUUCUUUUUUUACAGAUCCUUUCCCAAAUUGCAUUUUCUAAGUUGGGUUCAUGCUUCUGGUGGAUUAGCUAAGCAAUCAAUUUUAACACAUCAAGCUAAUAAUAUUGGAAGCUUCCUGAUUUGUAGAACUGUUGGUCUGGCUUAAGUAUUUAUAAUAAUGAUUGAGUUAAAAGGCAUUUUGACUAGUUACCUUACUAGUCUGGCAUGUAAUGCUAAAUUCAAUCUUAUGAGAUAAAAUGCCAUCUAACGAUCUUACAGAUGUCAUGUUUAUUUUAGUGGGGAUGAUGUACAAAAAUUUGAAUCUUCUAUACAUUUUCUACAGCUGGACAAAAAUUACUAUUACAAAUCCAAGUUUGGGAUAUGUUUGUGUGUGUGUGCGUGCACGCGCACACACACACAUUUAGUAAAGAGUCAGGGAUAUAUGUGUGUGUGUAUGUAAUGUGUGUGCGUGUGGUGUGUGUGUUUAUAUAUCUCCCUGACCCUUAACUGCAAAUUGCAAAUGCCAGUUCAUCAAUUUUAUUUACCUUCUGAUUGCUUGAGCCAUUGUUAAACAAAGCAUCCAACUUGAAGAAUGUGGAGAAAGGAAUGUGUAGUGAUUCCAUUCAGGAAUCUGAUUAGCAGCCUGCAUUAGUUCUGUUGAGAGCAACUACCUAAAAUGUAUCUUCUGGCUUCUCUAUGCAUUCUGAUGUGUUAAGUCUCUUGUUUGUAAAGACACAGCCCACCCAGUGGUAUUGGGAUUAUCUGUAUGGCAGGCAACUGAUUUAAAGAUUCAUACAGAUAUACUAUGCAAGUGUGUAUCAUCAUGGCAACAUAUUUGCUUUAUUCUAAAGUCCCAAAUUGUGUAUAAAGCCUACCCUGCAUUUUAAAAGUACCAUAUUUUUUACUAUCACUUACUCCAUCUUUUUAUGCUUUCCCCCCCUUUUAUUGAAAUAUAAGUUCUUAAAAUUUGGAAAGUACUGUGUUUAGUAAUUCUGCUUGAAGAAAUUCUGUCUUGACAUCUUAAAUUGUACAUGGAAAUGAAUUUCUUAAGCAGCGAAUAUUUGGCACAGAAUGGUCAGAAGCUGAUGUAGAGAUUUUUUUUUCAAAACAAAUGCAAGGCCUUUGAAUAUCAUGACAGAAAAGAUUGCGACAUUCCAAAGCAGAGUAGCACAUAUUUUGACUACAAUUCAUCUUGAUCUAGUGUUAUCUUUUAAAUUGAUUGUAAGAUAAUCAGAAAGACAGGCAUAAAAUACAAGGUUUACUAUACUAGCCAGCAUCUGUAUGGAAAGAUAUAUAAAGUUUGCAAAUUUAAGGGAAAUAUAAACGUGAAAGUUACUGAAAAUGUACUCUAUGAUUGUUUAUCUCUACCUGCAAGUUGCCCUGUCAUACUCCUUAUCAAAGAUUAUAUAUUAUUUUCUCUGGAAAUAACUCUUGAACCUUAAAACUAUGUUCUAGAUGUACACGGGUUUUUAUGUCCCUCAACUCCAUACUGAAGCCCCUUAAUUAUGCUACCCUCCUUUUAAAAAAAGCCUCCCCCCAAAAAAUUCCUUCCUUCUCCAAAGCAACAUUUGAUAUUAUCAACCUCUGAUUGUUAAUAUGUCAAGUGAACAGCAAUUGGAUAACAAAUAAAGAGUAAACAGACUGCGAAUUGCCAAAACUUCAGCUCUGCUUGAUAGUGGAAUCAGUGUUUUUAUUUUGAUUAUUUUUCAAUAAUAAAAGGCUCGUAGUAGAAUUUGGUAUAGGAAGGGAUCUAAACUUGGAUAAACCAUUCAAGGGCUGAUUAUAAACCUAUAAUCAUUCUACAUACUAGCAAUAUUGACUAUGAAUCUACAUUAUUGAAAUAUUGAUGUUCUAAAUAGUUCCAUUUAAAAGCAGGAUAAACUUAAGCAGAUAUCAUGUCCCGUUCAGUCACGAUUAACCAUAAAUUGCAAUGGCUAUCACGCUGGUUACCUUUUAUGCCUCUGUGGAUGACUGCUAAAAUAUCAUGUUCAUUUUUGUGUGUAAUAACAAUGUGGGAAGCUAAAAAUACAUAUUUUUAUGUGAAGUUUUGUAUUCUUUGAUUUUUAAUAAAUUUUCAAGGCAGGUA